CUACAUACACACACAGCGCGCGCGCGUCUCGCAUAACUCAGAUCCAGACUGAGUUUAUAAAACACCCGUUGAUUGAUUCAGAUAAUUACAGUCGUUCGUCUGAACUUCAUCACAGUCGCUGUAGUCAUGUCUUUCUGUUCGUUCUCUCGAGGGGAGUUUUAUAAAGAUCAUUUUGAGUCCGGCAUGUAUGUAUGUGCCAAAUGUGGACACGAGUUGUUCUCCAGCAGAUCCAAAUAUGAGCAUUCAUCCCCCUGGCCAGCCUUCACAGAGACCAUCCAUGAAAACAGUGUGUCCAAACACGAGGAGAGAAGGGGCGCUUAUAAGGUCAAGUGUGGUAAAUGUGGAAAUGGUCUCGGCCAUGAGUUUGUGAAUGACGGACCCAAACACGGCCUCUCGCGCUUCUGAAUAUUCAGCAGCUCUAUGAAGUUCAUUCCUAAAGUCAAGAAUGAACAGCAGUAGAGCCAGAUGUUGGAUGGAUGAGCACGUGAGGAUGUUUGGAGAAGAUCUGAUGUGUUUCCCGUGUGGAUGGUGUAUGAAAGGCUCUGAUGAAAAGUUCACAGAGGAAAAUUCAGAGCGAUGAUGUGUAAACAGCCUCAUGGGAAACAUGAAGAAGCUUCCUCCCAAUAACUGCUACUACCAAUCAAUAUAGUGUACGCACAACUAUGCAGUUCUCAUAAAAUAUGUACAAUGUACACUACUGUUCAAAAGUCUGUUCAUUACUCUUCUGCAUGCAAACAGCUGGAUUUUUCUGCUGUUACAUAUUAAUGGAAACCCAAGAGUGUAAAGUUCAAACUCUUAAAGCUACCAUGAACAUCUUUUAAAUGGGAUUAAUGAAUACAUUGUGUGAAUGAAUAUGUAAUGCAGAAGGUUGUUACUUUAAAACUAUAAAGUACAUUCAUGCUCUAUGUAGAGCUCAGUAAAAGCAACCUAUGCCACGAUUGCAUUAAACUAUAU